AUGAGCCUCAGCUUAGACUCGAAACCAAAGCCACUCUCAUCGACUCCUCUAGCAUAUCUCUAUAUCGUUGCUAUCAUGGAUGCUGCUGGACCAUACACUAGCGAAGAUCUCAUUGUCCCCUUCCAAAUGGUGGUCGUACGAGACAUACGGUCGAACAUGUAUGAAAUGUACCUCAAAUGCGGAGCAACGAAGCGUAAACACAAAUGGUGGAAAAUGGACCAGGAUACUUCAGUAGCCAGAGGAAGACGCACUCCGUUGUGGGGAGAGAAUGUUCAGCCAGUGUUGGAAAGGUGGCAUGAGGUUGUGUCAUUCGAAUCUACGGAACACACCACCGUGGCCAACGCGUGCAACGUCUUCCCUAACGUUUUUUCUCUCCCACAAGAUUUCUACAAUCCAAGGAUUUCUGUCGAGAGCAUAGAAUCGUUGUGGUGGGUUUGCGCUGUUGUUAAUGUUAUGGAGAAAGAAGGGUAUAUACCAGAGGGUUCCCUUGAAAGUAUCCCCAAGGCGACUAAUUGA